GUACCAGAUAAGGUUUAAGUUACAUCUCUCUAAUACAUGGAAGGAGAGUUGAGUUAAGACUCCUACGUACUGCAGGCUAGAGUUUGAAUGCCAUGAUGAUGAUGAGUGUAGUGAUGAUGGUGAAGAUGGUGAUGAUGGUGAUGAUAUUAUGCCCCCUCACUCAUGCAGUAAGGACCAGAAACGGUAUGCCAGUGCUUCUUGUCGCUCCUCAACACCUACAGGUCUACCGUCUAUUACUGUACACCGACGUGCCCUCCACCCAGGCUUCUGUCAUCUUCUACGUCAACAACUACAAACAAUCUUACUUCAAAAAUUUCACCAUUAAUCAAGCUCAUGUUUGGCAUAUAUUUGAUUUCUAUCCAAGUCCUCAGAAGGUGUGGAUAGCGGCCCCAGUAGCUCAACUGAAGACUUACGUGAACCAUGUCAUCAGACGCAUCAAACUCAACAGUGAUCAUAUUGUGGACUGGGUUCUCUGUGACUACUCCUGUUCUCUACCAGCACUAGCCAGUCCCUGCCCUACCACAUCUACCAACACCACUACCACAGCCCACAUCACCACAACCAGUACCUUUAACAUCAUCCUAGGUGUGAUGUGUAGUGUGUUUAUCCUCACUACACUCACUCUGUCACUCUAUAUUUGCUUCAGCAAUAACAAUCAACACUUGACCAACCCCCCUCUGCCAGCUCACGUAGCAUCUCCAGCAGAACCAGCAAUGUGUAUGAAACAGGAGUACUAUGGAGAAGCCUGUGUAAACCACAGUUCUUCCCACGAGAGUGAGAGGAGCCUCUGUGGGAUAACACUGCACAGAGAAUCUGAAUGGUCAAAUGACCAUCAGUUAUAAUGGAUCCCAGUAGUCUUGAGCUGUGUUUACAUUGGGAAUUUUUCUUCAAAUAAGUUCAGUGUACAGUAAUUACAACCAUUUUUAACUCCAUCCUAACCUAAUCUCCACGCCACCACCUCGGGAGAGGCUCCAGUGUUCAUAUUGGAACUAUCGCCUCCGUCCAAUCCAGCGUAAAUGUAAACAAACCAGUGUUUCUCCCGUCAUAGCAUCAUAUACUGCAGGUAUUAUAGUAAAUGCAGAUUUAUUGUGCCUCAGUCAGAAGGCGUCAGAUCUAGUGGACCCCACUCCCUUGUAAUAAUUUUUUGCUACACAUACACCGAUUAUUCAUUAACCAAUCUAUAUUCUUUAUGGUGUUUUCUCCAUUAGAAAUAAAAAGCAUUAACAGUGAAAUAUGUUCUAAUUUAUGAAAUAGUAACCAAUACCACUACAGGGUACCAAAAAAACUUCCAAUUCCAUUCAGAAAUGAAAUUUAAUAAAAAUCGAGGUUACUACUACUACUACUACUUUUUUUGUUCUUUUCUUUUUUUUAAACGUGGCCUCCAGCCUCCCCCAAAAGCCACACCUU